UCUCGUUCUGGUCUGUUCUUCUGUUUCACUACUCAUACAGGUGCUUCAGAGAUUCAUUCCUUGAAGUUUCAAGUUCUAGUGGAAAAGAUGGUUUCCUUUGAGUCACUUGAUGUGAAGAAGAUUGGGCAUGGAUGUACUGGUUUUGGUGCAGUUCUCAUUGUGGUUGGACUACUCUUCUUUGAGAAACAUUUUCUCAUCAAGGGGAAUAUCCUUAUUUUCCUUGGAGUGGCCUUGACCAUUGGAGUAAAGUCCACCUUGCAAUUAUUUCUUAAACGCCAAAACUUCAAGGGUUCUGUCUCAUUCGCUAUUGGUUUAUUCUUGGUUAGCAUUGGGUGGCCAAUCAUAGGCAUGAUCUUGGAAUGCUAUGGUUUUGUUGUGGUAUUUAGUUCUUGGCCUGGCCUUUUAGCUUAUCUGAGAAAGUUACCUGUUGUUGGUUGGAUAUUCUGGCAACCAUCAGUCUCAUCGUUCUUUCAACCUUACAAGAUGGGGGGUAGGCGCGUUCCCAUUUGAGUCUGAGAAACAUUCAAUUAAGAAACAAUCAGAUCAGAAAGGCUCAAGCUCCCACUGAUCCCAAUUCAAAUAUCAAAUAUACUGUAAUUAGUUCUCUGCGUACUUUUUGCUGUUCACAGUGUAAAGGUAGUUACUCAUUAGUAACCAAACAAACCAUAUGCCGAGGGUAUCGAUCACUGUACUGAACACACUACAUACGGAAUAGUUCAUAUAUAUGUUUUCAAAAAUUAUGGCACAAUUUGCACACA